AUGAUCAAAAGUGGUGAAAGUAUGCCUGAAAACCAGGAUUUGUCAUGAAAGCAAGAAAUUGCAAAAGAAAUAAAAUGUUUUGGGGACAUAUCUAGCAGACUCCAAGAUAUUCCUCUGGAUUCUAAAUACAGAAAAACUUGCAGAUGCAAGAGCAAGGCAGAAAAGCAGCAGGGAUGCUGCACUGGAGAUAAACAUUAGUGUAAGAAAUGUGGGAAAAGCUUCACUCAGAGUUCAAUCCUCAUUCAGGACCAGAGAAUCCACACUGGAGAGAAGCCAUAUGAAUAUGAAGAGUGUGGGAAAGCCUUCAGCCAGAGGUCUCUCAAUGAACGUUAGUGGAACCACACUGGAGAGAAACUCUAUCAAUAUAAUGAGUGUGGGAAAGCCUUCAGUGCCAAUAAUAGCCUUAUUUGACACAGAAGAAUCCACAUAGAGGAGAAACCAUACGAAUGUGAAGAGUGUGGGAAAACCUUCUGCCUGAGUUCAGAUCUUGUUCAACAUCAAUGGAUACAUAAUAGUGCGAAGCACCAUCAGUGUGAAGAGUGUGGCAAAGCCUUCAGUCAGAAUGCAGGGCUCUUCCAGCAUCUUCGAAUUCACACUGACAAAAAAUCUUAUCAGUGCUGUCAGUGCAGUAAAAGAUUUAGUAGAAUUUAUCUAAAUACUUUACUUCUUAUGAAACAUCAGCGAUGUCAUACUGUAGAGAGGCCAUAUGAGUGUGACAAGUGUGGGAAAGCCUUCAGCCACCAUUGUAUCCUCAUUAGGCAUUUUAGGAUUCAUACUGUUUGUUGA